CAAUGACGUCAUGGCUCAUCCCAAAAAAACUAUCGGCACUUUGACGUCAUCAAUUCGGAUCAGCUGUUUAUCUUGCGAUCGAUGUCUGCUUGAGCUGUCUGCGCGCAUUGUUUCUCAUGGCCGAAUGGAAAACACGGAGAAUAACACGGGGUGGAGCUGACGACAAAUUAAUCGUGUAUCACGCGCGUUUCAGCGCGUUUCUGAAUGGGAGGCUGUUAUGAAAUCGGAGCGAAGUAAAGCGCAUUUAAAUUUGAGAUCCUCAAACGACGACGUUGACCGUAAGCUUAAUAUUAAUUGAGAAGGAAAGAUGGGACAAACACUUAGCGAACCAAUUACGAAGAAGAAGUCGGCUUGUUGCCGGGAUAGUAACUACCGGGUAGGCAGUUCCUGCAUGCAAGGAUGGCGCAUUAAGAUGGAAGAUUCACACGUGCACAUACUUUCUUUACCCAGUGACCCACGCACUGCGUUCUUCGCUGUCUAUGAUGGACAUGGAGGUGCAGCCAUGGCGCAGCAUGCUGGAAAACAUCUUCACGAAUACAUACUUAAAAGGAGUGAGUAUAAGGAAGGCGAUAUCAUAGGUGCGAUGCAACAAGGCUUCUUAGAAUUAGACAAAGCAAUGCAGAAUAAUGCUGCUCUUAGAGAUGAACAUGCUGGAACAACUGUUAUUGCGCUCCUCAUCAAAGAUAAUAUUUUAUACAGUGCUAAUGCAGGUGACAGCAGAGCGGUGGCUUGUAUCAAUGGAAGGACAGUCGCCCUCAGUCGAGAUCAUAAGCCUACGUUAAAGGACGAGCGCAAACGUAUCGAAGCAGCGGGUGGUUUCGUCGAGUACAAGAGAGUGAAUGGCAAUCUGGCGCUGUCUCGUGCCCUCGGAGAUUUUAUAUUUAAGCAGAACGACCGUAAAUCGCCACAGGAACAGAUCGUGACUGCGUUUCCCGAAGUACAACAGUUUAUCAUUGACGAGGACUGGGAAUUUGUUGUUUUGGCGUGCGAUGGUAUUUGGGACGUGAUGACUAGCGAAGAGGUAGUUGAGUUCAUAAGAAGGCGUUUAGCACAUCUAAAACUUGGCGAUGGAGAAGCGUCGAACUGUACGAUACAUCCCGAGGAGAUUUGCGAGGAACUUUUAAACUGUUGCCUGGCGCCGGACGCUCUUAUGGGCACCGGCUGCGACAAUAUGACAGUGAUACUCGUGUGCUUUCUCCACGGCAAGCCGUGUUCGCGAUUAAUUUUGCAUUGCCAAAAUCCACCGCCGAGUAUAUAGAUUCAUAAUUGUUUUGAAUUGUAUAGCGACAUUGUAUCAUGUUUUAUCUAAAUUAUUAUGGCCAUUUUACUUUUAAUCUCGUAUUGAUACAACUUUUGAUAUAGAUAUUUGUUGUGCAAUACUGGCUCUAUUGUAAAGAGAUGAAGCAGACGUGUUUAUAAAAUACAUUAUAUUUAUAUUUU